GCUACGGACUCUUAUUUCGAAAAUUCACAGUCCCCCCCUGAGACUUUCUGGUAUGUGCAGCGGAUGAGAUAACUUGUUUCGAAAAAACCACGCUACCCUUGUUGGCCGGUUUGUUACGGUAAGCCCACAGUCAUUACUGUAUGCGGUUUUCGUCUUUUGAAUAAGACCUUCAGGACUCGUAACGCGAUCGCAUGAUCAAGAGGAAAUGAUGGGAUUAUAUUCUCUUGCAUAAUUCAAUCGUCAAUCAACGAGUUCGGCUCUCGCCUCGUAAACUGUGUGACGCCACGACUGAAAAUAUCCGCAUUUGAUCCAGCCAUGUUUGACAUGUCACGCGAUCCACAGCCAUGGCGUUGAAGAAACUAACCACUGUCCUUUUAUUACUCUUUUGCCGAUUUACGCUUUUUUUCUUCAUCACAGUUUUAUUUUCGAUCUUCCAAGGUGUGCCAAACCUCAACAUAUGUUUACUGAUGAUUUUCCUGUCAUACAUCGUUCCUCUACCGCCAGUUUCUCGUUUAAUUCAUGCCAUCGAUCGCACUCUCUCCCAUGUAUCCUUCUUUGUGAGAGCUUACUCACUGGUGAUUAUGACAGCCCAGGUAAUUUUCAUAGGUCUGCCUUGCUAUGUUGUACUCUAUCUACUUUAUGAACCCCUGGAGAAUUCAUUGCGUUACGUCGUCAACCAUAUAAGAUUCACUAUUCCCCGUCUGGUAUUCAGAACGAGUGCGAAGAUGUUUGAACGUACUUUACCUUGGCUUAGCACGUUAUAUGAUCUGUUAAGACUCGGUGCACUCGGAGCAAGCCUUUUGAUGAAGUGCUCAAUGUGGAUGGCUGCAACCGUACUCUCAAUAACUUCUCGUUUGGUUUGCAAAGUGAUUCAUGUAAAGGUUGUUAGUUCAUUGCUUGCGACUAUUGCAACACUGAUUUGUCUUCCUGGAUUAGAACCAAUCCCAAAUCUACUCGCAACAGGACAUUUAUAUCCUGGGUCUUUAAUAAGGUUCCAGCGUUGUGCAAAAUACGAUGACAGCACCGUUUGCCAUUCUGCUUUCUUAGAGUUUUCAUACAGUGUGUGGAACUUGUUACGUACUGGCAUCUUUAUGCUUGUGAGUUGGAAUGUCAACUGUCGUUCGUGGAAACCACCUACACGAGACUUGACAAUCAUCGUAGAAAGCUGCCUGACACUGAGAAACAAGUCCUAUUUCCAACUCUUAUUUUGCGCAGCUGGGCUGCCCUUGUUGAUGAAAGGACACUGCUUCGCUCAAACAGUUCACAAUACAAUAUCAAUUUCAAAUCUUUUGUUGUUUCUGGUCACACUGAACGGUUAUCACACCCGCACGGCUUCAAUGAUGUAUCAUGCGCUAUGCACUGUGGUUAUCAACGCCCAGAGCACGCUAGUGGCUGUGUACAACAUCUCCAGGAACUUACAAACUCAACGCAAUGGCACCAUUGCGACGUUGCUGUACAUUUUGGAAUUGUACUUGAUGCUGCUUGUCCUCUUAGACAGCAGUACUCGGGUGGUAAAAAAAGUUAAAAACCCAAAACUGGAUAUCAUGUUACAGGACAGUUAAUGAAACUUGUCUUAUGUCAUUCUCGGCCAUUUUCUGAUUCUGUCGCAGAAACUUUCUAAAAUGGUCUAUUGUAUGUGAAAUCUCCUUCGCACUUGUCGUUACAGUUGUCACGCAACUCUUCGUAAGGCAACAGGGCUACAAGAACGUGAGAGAAUACUGACAACAGCUGGAAAUACUAGUCCAUGACGAUAAACUGAAAGCGGUUUUCGAGAAAAUAAAUAAAUUGAAUUUUAUUUUUUCCUUUGAGGGUUUAAGCUGAAUAACAGGACUACUCUACCCACAUGCAGAUUUUUACCCUUACAAUCUCUUUUUUACGUCACGUAACUUAUUGUCUUCGACAACAGAAGAGAGAAUAUUAGCCUAAAUGGGUGAAUGUCGAAGCGUGGGCGUAUAUCAUGACAAUAGGCCAUGACAAGCUGAUCCUUUCUUGCAAUGAUAGAAGCUGCGUACAGUUCUUGCGAUCCAAUUUUUACCGCGAUGAAUACCUCGUAAGACAGCAGUAUGGAGGUUUGUGCCCAUUUUUCUGUUCCCCUCUCACACCAAAUGAGAGAAACAGGCCAUAAUUCGCUUAUCUACAAAUAAAUUAUUCUUUUACACUCUUCCCUUUCAGUCAUUUGUUCCCAUCAUUUAAGGCUUUAUAUUACUAAACAUCCCUCCUUUGAAUCCCCAGAAGUUGCCAUUAAUUAUUGAAACAACAUCUUUGCAGUUAAACUCGGUGAUUGUAUUCUACUCAGUAAGCUAUGCAAUGUUGUUUACCUUGAGCUCCACAUGCAAAA